AUGAAAUUUUCAAGGCAAUUAGAGUAUUAUAAAAUUCCUGAAUGAUCAGCCUAUUACAUUGAAUACCGAAAGCUUACCAAGCUUAUCUACAGAAUGAGACGCUCAGACUCCAUUUCCUCUGAAAAUGCUCUAUCUGAUCCUUUACUAGAUCAUAGCAGCCUUGAAAAGAAAUUUAGAGCUGAAUUUAAAUCUCAAAUAAACAGAUUAAAUGCAUUUUAUGCGGAAAAGAAAAUGCAAAUUUAUGAUGAACGCAAAACUAUUUUCAGCUAUUUCAAAAGUUUAUCAAGAAUUAAUUCGACAAUAGACCAAGAGGAAGCUAAAAGACUUUUAGCUUUAGAUGAAAGGGACGAUGCACAAAAUAGAGCAACAAGUAUGAAAAGGGCAUUUUCUGAUGUCCAUAAACAGAUGUGAUGACUUGAAGCUUUCUGUGAAAUUAAUUAUAUGGCAUGUUUAAAGGGUAUUAUAGCCAAUUUUUAUAGGAAAAAAAAUUUACUGUAAUUUACAUAUUAGGAUUUUAUACCACCCAUGUUUAAGACUGUUGGAAAAACUUGAAAAUUCAAUCGACUUGAGGGAUGAGCUGGAACAUCAGCCGUUUAGACAAUGGGAAAGCGAAAUAGGAGGGCUGAGGCUAAAAUUGUAUAAUAAAGUUGCAAAAGAAUGCCUUGAUGGAAAUGUGGAAGAAGCCAAAUUGUUAUUGACGAGAGGCUCAAAACAGUAUAGAGCAAAAGAUAUUGCAGGAAUUUUUUUUUGUUUACUUGCCAGUAUGUGAAGAAAAAAAUUGAAAGGAGAAAGAUAUUUUUAAAUAUAAAAAUUUUUUAUUAAAAAAUUUUUGUAAUAAUUUUUAAUAAAUUUUAAACAGGUUAUUCUAAAAAAAAUUUAUAAGUGAUAUUUUUGAUUUCGCAAGUUGUGAUCUUUUAAAAAACCAAAUUUUCCAAUCAAGCAAAAAAUUUUUUCUCUUGUGGGAUAAGUUAGGAAUUGUAAUAACUUGUCUGAUUGUGAUUUUAUAUAUAGCAAUCAGAUUUGGGAAUAUAACUUUAUGUCCUUCUUAUCCAAUAUUUAGGCUUACUUUAGCAGUAAAUCUUUCUUUAUUAUCAAUAGCCUACAUUAUAUACACUUUGGAAGGCUAUUCUAUAAACUGAGUCUAUAUUUUUGAAAUAGAUCCUUCAAAUAAAAUAUCCAGUAUAAAACUUGUAUCGUAUUCUAUGUUUUUAAGCGCUAUUUGAAUUAUUUGCUUUUUAUUUACUAUUGGUGACAAGUUAUAUCUAGCUUUCUCUCAUCAUCAUGUAAAGCUAUGCAUUACACUCUUUAUUUUUUAUUUCAUUUUAUGGCUGUGGCCUUUCAAUAAGUGCUAUAGAACUUCCAGAUUUGCCUUUUUAAAACUAUUUUUUGAAUUAUUGAUAUCGCCCCUUAGUUAUGUGCGUUUUAAAAAUUAUAUGCUUGGGAGUUGGCUAACGUCUUUUGCUAUCCCUUUAAGAGAUUUAUAUUUAUCAUUUUGCUUUUUUAUAGAGGUUAACCCAUCGCUAAAUGCCUUAAGCCCAGAAUGCUAUACAAAUUUUUUUGUGAUAUUUUUGCCAGCAUUUCCUUUAUUUUUGAGAUUUAUGCAAAAUUUGAACUCUAUGAUAAGAAAACCUUCUUUAUAUAGGAUGCAGCUAAUAAAUAUAACAAGGUAUUUUUUACCUAUUUUACUUGUAGUGAUGUCUUAUUUCAAGCUCUAUGAAGCGCCUUAUACAUCAGAAUGACUCUCAGUGUUCACAAUAAUGACGACAUAUCAUGCAUUUUUAGAUAUGUAUGCAGACUGAGGACUAUUAAGAAAUUCAAAUAAUGGGCCGUUUUUGAGAGGAAAAAUCUGUUUUCCAAGGAAUUAUUAUUAUAAGAUUAUGCUGAUUAAUUUUUUCUUGAGAUUCAAUUGAACAUUAACAUUAGUACCAUAUGCUGCUUUCAAUAAUGCUUAUGUGAAUCCUGAAAUGCUGUACACAGUUAUAUUGGUUUUAGAAAUUUUUAGACGAACUCUGUGGACAAUUCUUAGGGUGGAAAGAGAAAAUACAGGCAAUGUUGAAAAAUAUCGGAAGAUAGAUUAUCUUCCAAAGCCACUUUCUUACCCAAUUAAAAUAUUUUUUCAAAAAUAGUUAUAAAAUAUAUAUUAUAAUAAUGCAUUUUAUGUAUUAAAAAUAUAUAAAGAGAAAGUUAG